AUGGAUCAAUCGCGCGCUCUCACGGCCCUGGAGCCAUACCUCGCCCUUGCCAAGUCGGCCACGUCGCCGCGAGCAGCUGCCGACCUGAUCACACAAGCGACCUCCUCAGCCAACACAUACGUCUUCGCCGAGCUCUUACAGCAACCGAACGUACAGGCUCUCGCAGGCAAUGAGCAGUAUGGCGGUCAUCACGAGCUAUUGAGGAUCUUCGCUUGGGGCACUUGGGAGAGCUACAAAGCAACACCCACCCUCCCACCGCUCUCCGAUGCCCAAACCCUCAAGCUCCGCCUCCUCAGCCUCCUCACCCUCGCCGCCCGAAAGCCAACGGCCUCCGGGCCCUCCAACCUCAGCUACACAACCCUCUGCGCCCGCCUCGACCUCCCCUCCCCCGCCGACCUCGAACAGCUAGUCACGCAGGCAAUCUACGCCGACCUGCUCACUGCAACCCUAAACCCCGCCGCACAAAUCGUCGUCAUCACCUCCGUCGCUCCACUCCGCGAUCUGGGCCCGGGGAGCAUCCACGCCAUGAUCGCCGAGCUCGCCGCCUGGUCUGGACGCUGCGAUUCCGUGCUUGGCGAGUUAGAGGCGGAGAUCGCUAAGGUCAGGGCUGAUGCGAAGAAGCGGAGUGUCCGGGAGGCGAAGGCGAGGAGGCAGAUUGAGGCGGUUACGGAUGAGGGUGAGCAGGGGAAGAAGGGAGG